GUCCUUUCCGAUACAUAAAACAACGUCGAUUCAGGUGCUGUCACUAGAAAACCCUAGUUCCAUUUGUUGUCUCGAAUCGGAAACUUUCGACGUCUUCUUCACAGAGAUUCUCGUCAGGCAUUCUCCGUUCGUUCGUUCGUUCGCUCUCCGUUGAGGUUUAAGCUCUCCUGCUUAAGACGAAGACGAAGAAGAUGUCUCGUUUUUUCCCUCAGGAAGAUCUCCAGCAGGUUCAGAGCACCAACAUCAACAACCGAACCAUGGUUGAUAUCAUCAGUACUUUGCCUUCUGAGAUGCGGCAACUCCUCCUGUCUUUCCUUCCUACUCGUCACGCUGCUCUGACUUCUUCCUUGUCCAAAGCUUGGCGUGAUGAGUUCUGCCUGACGACAAAUCUCAAGCUCGAGCUUUACGAUGAUACAGCUGACAUUAAUCAGUUCGUCAGUUUCGUCAACAGGAUCUUGGAUGUUCGUGGAGGAGUACCAAAUCGUCCUUCUCUGCAGAAGUUUCUUCUCACCCUUAAUAGGGCUAUUUUUGCAGACGAAGCACAAGCAGGCACCCUUCUGUUCCAAUCUGCCAAUAGGUGGAUCAGCUUCGCCUUGGACAGCCGUGUCACCACUCUCACUCUCGGCUUCUACGAGUUUCCGGAUGAUGGGUAUGUCGGACUCCCUCAUAGAAUCUUCACUGCAAACUUUCUGGUGAACUUGAGGAUCAGCACUUCCGACCAUGUUUGUCUCUUUGAUUCCCACGUGCCUGUUCUUCUUCCAAGCCUCAAGAGUCUCAGGCUAGACAUGGUGGGUCUCGGAGCGGAAGGCCAAGGCUUCCACAACCUCUUGCGUGGCUGUCCGGUUAUUGAAGAACUAGAGAUGAAGGACUUGGCCUGGUUUACCUGGCCUUCCUCCUCUGUCUCUAGUAAAACUCUCAAGACACUUAGCAUCUGUUGGGACAUCUAUGGAGCCGAAGACGAGCGAUCGCGCCGUCCAGCAAGUGUGUUUUUUGCAACACCAAACCUGGAGUAUCUGGACUACAACGAUGACAUAGCUGGUGGCUACGGAGCUCUGGAUUUUACUUCGCUUGUCGAAGCAGAAGUCCGUCUUCACUUGAGAGUUGAGCAAGAUGAAGACGAAGAUGAACUGGAAAACGCAGUAGAAGAUGCGGAUGCUUCAGGCUUCAUGUCCGCAAUAUGCAACGUCAAGAAGCUCUUCUUGCACGCAGACACACUUCAGGUCCUCGCUUUCGCCUGCCCCGCGAUUCCGCCAUUCCCCAACCUAACCGAGCUGACCAUUGAAAGCCACCAGGAUCAGCUAUCAGAUUGGGAUGCACUGCCAGUUCUGCUCAACAACUGCCCGCAGCUUCACACCCUUGUUUUCAUGGGACUCACUCAUCAAGCUAAAAACACAUGUGGAAACGUGUGUAGGUGCGAGGGUGGCGAGGUUCCACAACAUUCUUGCUUAGAAGCUUCUCCGGCGAGGGUUUUGAAGAUUCACGACUUCGGCCAAGCUACUGCAGAGAUGGACCGCUUUCUCGUCAUGGUGAGACACUUCUUGGUGACCAUGCCUCACCUUGAGAGGUUUACUGUUUACUGUGAUGGGAGUACUGAGACUCGCGCGAACCUAUCAAGAAGAAUCCGAGGGAUUCAAAUGAGGGCUUCACCCAUGUGCAGGAUCGAAGUGAUAGGUAGAUAAAUAUCCUUCUCUUAUAUCUAUGGUUCUGUUUCUUUUCCUGAUGUGGAAACUCAAAACCCUUUCUGUUGUUAAACUCUAAAACUCUGUUCUGGUGUCUGUUGUUUGUGUUCUGAUGUCUGUUGUUUCUGUUUGUGGUGAUGUGGAAACUCAAAGUCUGUUGUUGAUGUGAAACUCAAAUGCUCUUUCUGUGUUUUGUUUAUGACUUGUUCGUGCA